AUGAGAAAGUUCAUUUUUGGGUUGAAUAGAGAAUUGAUUAUAGAGAGGAAGACUGCUUUGCUCAUUAAAGAUAUAGACAUCUCGAGGUUGAUUGUUCAUAUGCAGCAGGUUGAUGAUGAGAAGAGGAGGCAAGAAGAGUUUAGGGAUAGGCAGGAAAAGAGGAGCAAUCGGGAGACAGGUGUCAUUAAGGUGAUGACAAUUCUCGGGCAUAAGUUGUUUAAUCUCAGGCGAGCGGAGGGUUAUUACAAGGAAGAAAGGGACAAAUGCUUCAAGUAUUUCCAAGUAGGCCAUUUACUCAGGGAUUUUUCGGUUAACAAAGUUGCUACGGGGGUGAAUAAGAUUUUUGUGCCUUCAUAUUUUUCUCCUAUACUUACUUGUGCGGCAUCUGCUUCUAUUACUACUCCUGGUUCUCGUGUUGGUCAAAACAAGUUUUAUCCUUUGGCAUUCCGCUUGAAUCCAAGGCAUCAACUAAUGUCGUUAAAGGUUAUCUUUAAGUUCACCGGUGAACCGGAUAUAGAAUCGGAAAGUAGUUCCUUAGCUCCUUGGGGGAGGUUCAGAGGUUAA